AACCUCGUAGGAGGGAAUCUAUGACGCUGUUUUUCAGUUUUCAACUUCAGCCUUAUUUAUUCUUUCUCUUUCUUCCACAUGCCCUGUCACUCUUUUCCCCCUCAAACCAAAAUCGGAAACUUUCUUUCUUUCUUCUAACUAUUAUUAUAAUCACUUCUCAAAUCUAUCUUUUUUCAUUUCUUCACCAUUGGAUUCGAUUCUAGGCUCAGUUUUUCAGUAUUUUUUUGAUGCCGGACUUCUGUGUUUUGCAAAGAAACAAUCGCUGAAGUGAUGGGGAAAGGAAGAAGUCCUGGGAAAUGGAUUAAGAACUUGUUCUCAGGGAAGAAAUCAUCGUCCAAGUCUAGUUCAUCGAAGAAUAAUGAUAUUUUUAAAUCUUUGAGUAACAAGGAUACUUUGGGGAUUUCUGAGUUAACUGUGUCUAAUCCAAUUCCAACUGUGGAUUCUUUGCUAAUAUCACCGCCGAUAUCUGGAGCUAAUGUUGCCAAAGGAUUGUUUUCGGAAAAGGAAGUAGUUACUAGGUCAUCUCAUGAGAGGGAUAUUGUAUCAAAUGGAGGGGAAGAGGCUCAGGGAUCGCCUGUUGCUAAUUUUGCAGCUCAAGUUGAUCUUGAGACACUCACGCUUACAGAUGCAGCUAUUAAACUUCAGGCUGCUUGUAGAGGCUAUCGGGCUCGCUGGGAAUUUCAAACACAAAAAGCUAUCACACAGCUGCAAGCUCUUAUUCGUGGUCACUUGGUUAGAAGACAAGCUGUUUCUGCAUUAUAUUGUGUGAAGAGAAUCGUUAAAGUCCAAGCGUUGGCUCGUGGUUACAAUGUUAGGCGUUCUGAUAUUGGGCUUGAAGUCCUGAAAAUUCGUAAGGAUACUCAAUGUUCAAAAUCUAUUGGCUCAGUUACAUCCACAGAGGCAGAGAAGUUGCCCGAUAAUGUCUUUGUUCAUAAGCUGCUGGCUUCAUCGUCCCAUGCUUUUCCUCUAUCUAUCAGAAGCGAUUUUGGAGAACCUUACUUGGCUGAAAACUGGCUUGACCGAUGGACUAGGUCACACUUUUGGGCACCUCUUCCUAAAUUAAAGAAGAAACAUGAUUUGGCAUCUGUUGAAAAAAAUAUCAGUUCUCAAACAGUUGAAAAGGGACAAGUUAAAAGGAAUACUCGGAAAUCUCCUACUGUGAAAGCCAAUGAUGGCUCAACUUCAGGUUCUAACAAACAGAAACAAGGUCUAAAAAAGGAUUCAAAUCACUCAUUGGUUUCAGCUCAGGAACACGAACACCCAAGGAAAGAAAUUGAGAAAGGCAGUAUAAAAAAAACUCGCAUGCAGAAUGUUUCAGACAGAUCUGAGAUUGUUAGCGAGAAAAGAAAACACAGCAUUAGGACAAUUUCAGAUCACACUGUUACUGAUGUCUCAGAUCACACUGAGAAAAUGAAAGUGAUAACAGUGCCUAAGUCUGAAGAGUCUUAUCCUGAGAAAGCAGUAGAAGAGAACAAUGGUAAGCCGACGAAGAGCUUAAAUGGAGGUGUCAAAGAAGAGAAAGGUCUUGGACAGAAAGCAGUAGAAGAGAAUAAUGAUAAGCCAAAAAAGAGCUUAAAUAGCAGUGCCAUAGAACAGAAAGGUCUUGGACAGAAAGCACUAGAAGAUAAUAAUGAAAAGCCAAAAAAGAGCUUAAAUGGUGGGGCGAAAGAACAGAAAGCACUAGAAGAGAAAGGUCAUAAUGAUCCUACUGCUGUUUUACAGACUAGUGUGAAGAAUGUAGGAGAUGUUAAAAUAGGAGUUAGUGAAGACCUAAAUGGCGGUGACAAAAUUAUCAGCAACAAUUGCCAAAGAAGAGCGUCACUACCUGCUAAUUUUAACGAUCAAGAAAAUGAGUUACAUAACACUCCAAGACUGCCGAGUUAUAUGGCUCCUACUGAAUCAGCAAAAGCUAGGCUAAGGGGACAAGGCUCCCCUAGAUUCGCUACCGAUUUUCUAGACAAAAACAGUUUGACCAGGAGGCAUUCACUUUCAUCCUCGUUUAACAGCAAGUCAGGUUCAUUUUCCCCACGAGCAGAAAAGCUGGUAAGUUUGAGCAGCAGAGGAGUUGCGAGGACUGAUAAAUCUCUGUCAUCUUCAAGGGAUGGGACUGAUAAGUUGACACAACCUCAGUGGAGAAGGUGAUUUUAUGCAAUCUUUCAGAACUGAGAUACUUCAAGGAGGUACAAAGUAAUAGAGCAAAAGAUAUGAUGAGUUACAUUACAACCUUUUUCUUUAAUCAUCAUUUUCAUUAUUAUUUGUGUUUUGGUCAUAGUCUGAUAUCUACCGAAGAACACACGUUAUCAGUCUGAUAUUAACUUUCUUUUAGUAGGGAAUACUUUUCUGGGUAUAUAUGUCUACGAAAUUAAGCUUAGGUAUGAGUUUUCUCUUGUUUCUGAAUCAUUGUUAUGUAUUGUUCAAACCAUUGUUUCAAAGAGUGUCAUAUUUUGAGAAUGCUUUCCAGAUCGAGUUGUCAUUCGUAGAUGCUUCUUUAAUGCUAUGCAUAUUGGUGAA